AGCUUUGAUAACGGGGACAAAGAUGGCGGCGCGGGACAGAGCGGUUCGUUUGUUGCGCCAGAUUUCACGUGCGACGUGCAGAUGUCCAGCCCACGCUGGCCCCGCCCACAGAGGUGUCGGAGUGGCGGCAUGCGCUGUGCCUAAAACUGACUACGCCUUUGAGAUGGCAAGUUCCAACAUCAGAUAUGGAGGAGGAGUCACCAGAGAGAUCGGCAUGGACCUGCGGAACCUCGGAGUUCAGAACGUCUGCCUGAUGACAGACAGGAACUUGUCCCACCUCCCACCUGUCAAAGCCGUUCUGGAGUCUCUUCUGAAAAACUGCGUCACUUACAGAGUUUAUGAUGAUGUUCGAGUGGAGCCGACUGACAGUAGCUUUAAAAACGCUAUUGCCUUUGCUAAGAAGUACAACUUUGACAGCUUCCUGGCGGUGGGUGGGGGCUCUGUGAUUGACACAUGCAAAGCAGCCAAUUUGUACAGCUGUAACCCCGAGGCCGAUUUUCUGGACUUCGUCAAUGCUCCGAUUGGCAAAGGGAAGCCAGUUACCAGCACACUGAAGCCGCUCAUCGCAGUGCCAACGACUGCAGGCACUGGCAGUGAGACCACAGGGGUUGCCAUCUUUGACUUUGAACCUCUCAAAGCCAAAACAGGUAUCGCCAGUAGAACCCUCAGACCUACCCUGGGGAUCGUGGAUCCUCUGCACACACUGCACAUGCCUGAGCGAGUGGCCGCCAACACUGGUUUUGACGUGCUGUGCCAUGCCCUGGAGUCCUACACUGCUCUGCCCUACAAUCGGCGGAGCCCCUGCCCCCCCAACCCAAUCAACCGCCCUGCCUACCAGGGCAGCAACCCCAUCAGCGAUGUCUGGGCCCUGCAGGCACUCAGGGUGGUGGCUAAGUACAUGAAAAGAGCGGUGUGUGACGCUGAAGACCUGGAGGCUCGAUCCAGCAUGCACCUGGCCAGUGUGUUCGCUGGCAUAGGUUUUGGAAAUGCCGGCGUUCAUCUAUGUCAUGGGAUGUCAUACGCUAUCGCGGGUAACGUGAAGACUCACAUGGCAAAGGGUUACAGUGUGGAGCACCCUCUGGUGCCUCAUGGCCUCUCAGUGGUUCUCACCUCCCCAGCUGUCUUCUCCUUCACAGCAUCAGUGUGUCCAGAGCGCCAUCUGGAGGCUGCAGAAAUCCUGGGUGCAGAUGUGCGUCGUGUGAAGAGGGAAGAUGCCGGUGCUGUGCUCGCUGACACGCUGCGCCACUUCCUGUUUGACUUGCAGGUGGAGGAUGGACUGGGAGCUGUGGGCUACACCAAAGACGACAUACCGGCACUGGUCCAAGGAACCAUCCCGCAGGAGCGAGUCACCAAACUGUCUCCCAGAGAGAACGACCAAGAGGAUCUGACCCAACUGUUCUCAGCCUCCAUGAAGCUCUACUGACAACUGCAGGAUGGAUUUAUACAGGACAGAUUAACACACAGAUUAAGAUAGCGGGGAUUAACACACAGAUUAAAAUUAUGGAUUAAUACAGGGGG